GAGCGUUCUGUGAAUACGUGCGACGAGUCACAAUCGAAUUCGCACACGCGAUCGAUACGGCGAAAAACAAAGUGGAAACCGGCUCCGCCGAAUGCCACGGUGGUGACAUGUGAGGAUCGCCACCCCCUUUUUCCUUCACUCUUUACAAACUGCACUUUGAUUUCGGAAUAUUUACAAGUGUGAUCAUUUUUUUGGGAUACAAGAUGAAGGCUGGAAUUUUGGCUGUGAUAAUCGUGUUUAUUGCUUAUCUGCCGGAAAACGAAAGCGUGCUGCGCUGCUACAAGUGCCUGUUCACCACCCCGAUUUCCUUCUCGAAGGAUCCAAUACAUCUGUGCCGCGACUUCGACUACUCCGACAAGUUCAUCGUCGAGUGUCCCUACUCCACGUUCUGCAUGAAGAAAAUCACCAGCGGCAGGAUCAAUCGGGUUGAACUAAUUAACGGGACGGAAAGAGACUGCGCCCCACAGAAGUUGGACAACCGCAACUACCGCAACGGCAGAUGGGAGGAGGAGAUCCAAGUCGUGGAACCCUACAGCGAGGGCUGUUUCAAAUCGGACCGUAAAGGACAAGUGUCCGCUUCCAUAGAGUAUUGCUAUUGUAAGGGCGACAUGUGCAACAAUUCCAACCAUUUACGGACACAAAUUAUGUCCGUUUUCGUGCCUGUGAUACUCCUACUCCUUAUUAUUUCCCCUCAUUGAUCCAUGUUUUAUUCCAACUAGACCAAAUAUUUACUUUUGUUAAGUUCCUGUCAUUGUUAUUUUAGGAUUACUGCCAUUAUCAUAAACAAGUUGGAUGUUAAAUUUCCAUCUAAUCUAUUAUAUUAUUAUAUAUUAUUUUAAUUUUGCGCAACAACGAAUAAUGUAAAUAGACGAAAGUGAUGAAACUUGCAAACACAACAAGUUUCAUACCUAAUUAGGUAUGGUUUCAAAGAACGAUUGUUUACUUUAACUUACGUGAAUAAACAAUCAGCAUCUUCUGUGAUAUAGCAAAACUAACAACGGUCCAUUUCAACACAAAUCAGAUCUUAUAAACGUAAAUAAUAAAUAUUAUGUAUUUUAAAUAAACAAAAGUGAAAAAACCAAAA